CUACUAGUUACUACACCAAGCACAUGUUUUGCACAUAUUUUGGGAUUGGGAUUUUGAACUUAAAUAAUUUAUUUGAAUUCAAAUUGAAAUAUUUGUAAAGACUUGGUACAGACCGUACUCUCCGGAACCGUAAAAGGUUCAUUUGAAAUUUAAAUAUGCCACAAACAGGUGCAACGCGGUAUCAAAAAUUUCUAAAAUCUGAGAAGUCUAAAACAAAAUUAAAGAAUAAAAAGAAGGAUUUACCCAAAGGUACCAAUAUAACCAAAACCAAUUUUAAAGUAAAAAAAAUUGUUAUUAAAGAACAAUUGAAAAAACAUGGAAAGAGUGAAAUUUUAUCUACAAAGAAGCUAAACAUCAAAGAGCUCUUGUCACGUUUAAAUCAUUUUAAUACUAAUUCAAGGACUGAGGCUCUAGAGGGUCUCAAAGAAAUAAUUACAAGUCAUUCAGAUGCAUUGUUUCGAAACCUUGGACAAAUUAUUCUGGGAGUGACUCCAUUAGUGCUAAACGUAGAAAAAGUGGUGCGCCAUGAAUCUUUCAAAGUCCUACAUGCACUACUGUCUCAUGCGAAUCCGGAAAAUAUAGACCCUUUCUUUGAUAUAUUGUCUACAUAUUUGAGAAGUGCUAUGACUCAUAUUGAUGCCAGAAUACAAGAAGAUUCACUCCUUUUUCUAGACUUAUUAUUGUCAUGCACUCCUGAAAAAGUGGUAUGUAACUUUCACAAAAUAUUACCAAACUUUUUGGAUAUGAUAUCUAAAUUGAGAGUUGAUUCUAAGCCAGGUAGAACCCUGACAGUAAAUCUUAGUAGUCAAGUAACCAGUGUUAAAUGGAGAGUUAAAGUUCUACAUAGGCUAAAGGACUUUCUCAGUAUAUAUGUUCAAUUUAAUGUGGACAAAGAUAAUAAAACACAUAAUUUUGUAAAGACGUCUGUGUUUGAUGACACAAAGUUGAAUCAUUAUAUGUUAUUCAAUCAUAAAUAUGUCUCGACAUGUCACAUUUCAAAUUUCUCAGCCAGAAACUUGCAGGAUACAACACAUUUUGAUGAAAUCGAGAAAUUUAAGGAAUACAUAACAACAUUGACACCUUUGCUAUACGAGACAUGGCUUGAAGUUUGCCCUAAAGCAAAAUCAGAAAUGAAUAUAGAGACUGUUAUAAAUGAUGAUGCAGCUUCACUUUUAAAGUAUAUCUUGAAAAUAAUUUCUCUACUAUAUUUUCUUGUUCAGCAUCUUAAUGAGAAAACCCCUAGUUCUAACAUUAAACAAAUGUUUUGUCAAAAAUAUAGGCAGUUGUUCACCCAACAUUUGGUUAACACAUUUCCAUAUGUUACUAAUGUUAGAACAAAACAGACAAAAUUGAAUAUGUCACAGUUUGAAGAUGGAAUAACAGACCCAAAAAUGGUUGCAGAAAAUUUAGAGAUAUGCCUUUUGUUUGUAAAACUUAACCCAAAUAUCAAUUUAAAAAACCACAGUAAAGAAUUAACUUCAGUAUUAAGUUAUAUUGAAAAGAAAAUGUAUGCAUCGGCUUCUGAGACCAUUAAGGAUAUUAUUAUAAAUAUUCUUAAUACAAUCUUUUUAAAAGAAAAUACUUGGAAUAAGAAUUUGGCUCUCAUGGAUUCCUUGUUUAGCAAGAUUAUAAGAGAAUAUUUCAAUACAGAAAUAUGUAAAUCUUUCAAGCAACAGAUAUUUAGUUUGUUAUGUAAGAUUUCCCUGAGUGACUGGUUAAUUCAUUUUCAUCAUCGCAAUGAUUUCAAAGAUUGGCUUAAAACUCUACCAAAUGUAUUGUUAGAAGAGUCUGUAACAGUGGAGACUGUAAACAUACUUCACAUGUUUGCUAUCAGAAAUAAUGAUUCAUUCAAUAAUGCUAUAAAAUCACAUCUUUUGGACAUUGUAGACAACCUACCAAAAAUUGUUAUAAGUAAUGAUGGCAACCCAAGUUCUUAUCACAAACUUUUUUCACUUUUAUACUGGAUAAAAAAUUGGGAUCAUAAGUCUUUAAAUUUACUAGAACAACAGUUGAUGAAUAACCAAUAUAAAAGUGACCAUGGAAAGUAUAUAUUUGAUACAUUAAGAUUAAGGGUAGGUGGCAUUUUAUAGAUAUUAUUAAUAAAAGAAUUACAAAAUCAAUAAUAUUUUAUUCAUAAAAUCAAACAAUAUAUAUUUUGUCACCCAAUACAAAGGAGAAAUUAUGCUACAAUGUUAUACUAUAAUCAGUAAUCACAUAUUGGGUAACCUCAGUAAAAAUGCAGUCAUAUGAUCAAACAAAAUUCUAAACUAUGUGGAAGCAAGCAUCCCAACACUCCAAAUAUUUCUCAAUUUUACAUAUAAUACUGUACGUAGUAUGUAUGUAGGUAGUUAAUUAUAAAUUACUUACAAUCCAACUACAGAAUAAUCUUAAAUAAACUAUAAUGAGGUACCAAUUGUUAAUAAUUAAUUCUGAGAUUCUAUAGAAUUUGCUUGAUUAUUUAAUCUUUAAACUGUGCAAACUUGUGUGCUUUAAUGACAUGAGUUAUAUGUAUGCUGCAUAUAACUCUAUAACUCGGGUCAUUAAAGAAAGGAAUCGAUAAUUCCGACGCAAGACAUCUGUCACUCUCGCACGUUAGUUAGGAUAGCAUGUGCGUGAGGGAUAGAAUGUCCUACGUAGUCAUUUGCGAUUCAUUCCUUAAUGACACGAGUUAUACAAGGAAAAAUGAAUAAUAUCAUUUUAGUUGUAACAUAUGUCAACCUUCAGAGAAUGUUCUUAUUAUUCAAGGAACACAAACAAGUUUAACCAUCGUAUUUGUAAACAAGAACAAGUAAUUACUUUGUUGCUAAAUAACCAAGUUAUUAUUUUGACACUAGAAUUCUUCAAUAAAACAAAUGGUUACUUGGCAACGAAAAUGGUGAAAAAUACAAAUACUCAUAGAGCAACACUGCCGAACGAAAUUGUAAAAAAAUCACAGCGCGAAAUCGGGCAUAGAUGAAACUUACGAUUUUUUUUAUUGACAGAUCUAAGAUUUGUACUGUCUAGUCGAUUGUUUUGUCAAACAAGUCCGACGAUUGAAUUUUAACAAAAUAAUAUGAAUUUUGUGAUUUUGAAAAGUCGUUAAAUAUAAAUAAUAUGUUAAUAAUUCUACUUAUAACAUUUUGGCAUUUUUGAUCUAUAACAUACACUCGCACGAUUUGACUCGGUCUUGUAAAAUAUCCGACGCGCAACUAAUUUUGUUUUUGAGCUGACCCAACAGCAGGCGAAAGUCGACAGAGGGGAAUGCUGUGAGUGUCUACUCCCCUCCUGGCCGCGUCGGCCGUGUUGCUCUAAUCUAUUACAUGGUUAUAGCUCGUACCAAUAAAAAAACGAAUCACAAAUGACGACGUAACACAUUCUGUCCCUCUUGCACGUGCUAAGUAUUGUGCAAGAGAAACAGAAUGUCUUGCGUCGGCAUUUCCGAUUCGUUUCUAUAAUGUUUUACAGUUUCUACUUGAUCAAUUGUUUGAGUAUGAAAUGAAAAAUGUGUCAUUACCUAUGCAAAAGUAAUCUCGAAUUCUUGUUUAUAAUUACGGAUACACCUAACUUUCUCCUAACUAACUCUUCCCUUGGGUAUUCACAUUUUUUGUAAUAAUUCUGUAGGAUUUAACUGUCUAUUAUACAUUUGUAUACAUCAGUUAUUUAAUCUGGCUCUUGUAUUAUUCAGACCUUUACUAUUUUCAAUAAGUAACAACAUUGUGUAUCAAUAAAAAGUCACAUAAUUUACCUUCCAUUUAUAAUAACUAAAAUAUUUUAGACAGCAAUUAAGAUCAGCAUCCUCUGGUAUUUAUUACAAAAUCUUCUCUAACAAUGAUAAUGAAAUUGGUAAUGAGGACAACAUCUUUGUAAAGUGAAUUCUAAAACAUAAGAACUUACAGUUCGCGCAUGCAAUGUUGAAUUAAAAAAAGAUUCCAACUAAUUGAAAACAUUAUCCUUUUUUUGAAGUCGGUUUAAAUCAAAAUAGCUUUACCUCAGAUAGAUAAAUUUAAAAUCAUAUUUUAAUUUAAGUAUCGAUAUGAAAGCCUCAAUAAAGCAAUAAAUAUUAUAGACUAGUUCAUCUACAUGCUAAAAUACUAAGAAUAAAUACAAUUAAAAAAUGAUUCACUAGUUUUGAGUCAUUAAAUUUGGCAAAUUUUGGCUAAAAUAUAAUCAUCAUAAUAAUAUUUAAUAAUAAUAGAUAUGCUGAAUAAAACUUAGGUUCUCAAAGUACCUACUCAAUUGCUUGUUAUACGAUAUACCUUUGUUGUUUUGUUUUUUAUUGAGAAUUCAGUUCUCAUAAAUGUUAAAAUUAGUAACAAAUAUGUUAUAUUUGGCAUUAUAUGCUAUAAAUUGAAACUACCAUAAAUGGCUUUAGAUGGAUGAGUAGAUUAGAGACAGUAAAAUUACGAUCUUUUGUUUUCAUAUUUUUGACUGUUUAAAAUGCACCCACAUCCACAGUGGUGUUACAGUAUUAGAGCCUGGUCGCAUGAUUACGGCGGCGGUAAAUAAUGUGGCCAGGCUCUUACGGCCAGUUUCAAAAAUCAACAUCCAGUAAAAGGUGAGGAUAAAUCUGGUUGUUUCUUAGUAACAAUUGUUAUUAUAAGCUAAAUAAGAAAAUAUAGAGAGAGAGAUAUAUAUCUAGGCAACACAGAUCUAAUAGACCUUUUUUACUGGAGCUAAAAGUGACCAUUAAUGAACACCAUAAGUUCGCUAAAUAUCUUUUUAUUUGACCAAUAACGAAUUUGAAGAAUUAUAGUUUUGACCUAAUGUCACACAGACUUGACCAAUGACGUAUUUGUCGUGAAACUCAUAAGCCCUGCAUACACAAAAUAUGAUUGGCAAUGGACACCGCAGGCAAUGCUGAGUAGGGCUGAUGAUGAUAAAGCUCUUUCAAAUUAAAUUUUUAAUGGGGUCUGUUAAUUUGCUGCAGUGAGUGGGAGCACUUCAAUAUCAAAAUAAUACCCAUCAUGCAACUUUACGACAUAAAAUAAUAAUAUCUUUAUGAUGCACAAUUAUAUGAUAAUUCCAUUUACCAACAUUCUUAAAUCAAAGAACAUGUUAUUUUUAUAUGGAGGCAUUGGGCUAUUUGUUAAAUAGGAAAAAAAAAUAUUAUGGAAGAACAAAAAAAUUCUUUGCAUUAUAUUUUUAAAAGCACCCGUUUUAUUUUACAUAUAUUCAGCCAAAAUAUUAAAAUUAUGACAUUUUUUAUCGUAAGUUUAUUGUUAUUUAACAUGCUAAAUAACGAAAAUAUGUUUCUUUAACCAUUAAGAAGUGCAAAUAUAAAAAAAAACUUUUAAAAAUUGAGACAUUUUUAUAUUAAAUGAUACCUUUCAUUUUUUUAUCGCAAUAACCAUCCUAGACAAUAUUUGCUAUCAGUAGAACCACACAAUGAUUGAUUGUUGUUAAAAAACAAAUUUAUUUUUAGCCUUAAGAAAUAACAUGUCCUUUAAGCAAAAUCCACUGAAACCUCAUUUCCUAUCUUUGUGAAUUGUUUAAAGUCAAUUGAGAUUGAGAUAGAAUGAUAUUAAAGCAAGAUUUUAUUUUCAUUCAAGAACAUGCUAAUACUAAUAUGAAUAUUGAAUUGAAUAGUUAUAUUUUUAUUAGGUACCUAUACAUUAUUAAAUCAUAAUUUACUGUUGGGUGCGUAUCUAAGUAGUUUACGACUUUUGUUAUUCGAAAGGAGGUCUCAAUUUUAUUAUCUUGAAGUUAAAACAUACUCUUUUAAAAGUAUUUUAUAUUAACAAAAAAGACUCGUCAUCGUCACCUUACUCUUGUAUCUGUAGAGAGAAUUUGAAAGCUGUUCUAUUUAACAGUAAUAUUAUUAACACACCUAAUAGUUUUAUUAUGACAUUCAUUUGGAACAAUAUUAUUGCGUUUUCCUUUUAUUAGAUUUUUUUGCGCGAGGUAUUGUAGCGGAGGCCGACAGCAUUGUCUGAAAAUAAAACAAAUAAUUGUAAACUAAUUAAAAAAAGCACAAGCACAUCUAUAGGCAUGGCAACUUUUUCGAUAUGAUUUUGUAAUUAUUUUACGGCAAUUUUGUUAUACUAGAAUACUAUUAAUAAUGUUCAUUGGGCGUCAAAUAUAAUACAAUACAUUUUGUUAUCUUUUUCAUAGGUUCAUUUUAUUACACAAAAAUAAAUAAUUACAAAUGCAAAAACUAAGUGUUAAAAAAACUUAAAGAACCGUAACAACAAAACACAAUCGACGUAAAUGCAAACGUAAAGUCUAGAAAAAAGAAUGUCAGUUUUAUAGAUAUUAGUUAAACGCAUACAUACCCUUACUAAAAUCGAAGAAUAAGCUUGGAUUAGCCACUCUAUGUUUUGUCUCAGUUCAUUUGAGUUAUAUGAAUAAAACAUGUCUAAGCUUAUUCCUCGUAUGUUUAAUAAGGCGGAAAAAACGCAUACAAAGUCAGUUCGGUAAAUGUGUUUAGUGAUUAAGAAUCUCCAAUAGAAAACCAGGCUCAUGCAAAUAUUUCACUCAAUAUUUUGCACAAUACCGAAACCACAAUCACAUCACUACAUACUUUUAAUCUCGUAUCCUCCCAGCAGUUAAUGUUUUCAGGAUUUAGGGAAAGCUUCUUAUACGUCCGUACUUUUGGAUGUAGUUGGCAUUUCCUCAUGCAAUGAAACAUACUUAUAUUCAGGAUGGCUCUCUAUUUUAGCCUCUAUGAGUUUCUGUAAGGCAUCACUCUUUUCGAUUAUAUCACUCGAUACAAUUUCGUUAUCGAAAUCAAUCGCAUCUUUAAAACUACCUUGCUCUUCAGCUACGUCGUCUACAAAUGAAGGAUUAACACAGCUUUGGAACUCUUCAAAUUGUUGGUCAACAGUCGAAGAUCGCCUACUAUGAUCUCCAGAAGAAGUAGAUACAUUGUCAAAUUUUAAACUUUUAUCAUCGUUUUUAUUCCAAAAUACUAAUUUGUUUGGCAAUUGCAAUAAUUUACCCAAGCCUGAACUAUGGCUUUUGGGAAUACGACCAGGUGAUUUUGAUUUAUGCCGCCUUUUCUUUUCAGCAAUCGGAUUAACUACUUGUAGCCCUCCCUUUAUUGUGCUUUCUGUUAUAUUGGGCAUUUGGUUAAUAAUAUCAUUUAAACUUUCCUGAGACGUUGUGGCCGCGUUACAUUCCAAAUUAGCCCUAUUGUCCGAGUUUUCAUUCGGUAAGUCUAGCUUAGGUGGUGGAGGAGCUUUAGCUUUGCCAUAUUUUCCUUUAGGCGACUUUCGUUUUAUUUUUGGUGAAUCUUCUGGAGUUCCAAAUGAGGCUUCAUCAUCACUUUCAGUAGAAUAAUUUUCAGAAAUUAAAGUUUCCAAACUUGUCGACUCGAUGUCUGUUACAGUAUCAGAUCGAUUAACAAUAUCGAUAUGUUUAUCUUCUACAUUAGUUUCUAAAAAAAAAUCUUUAGUUUCAUUGGACUUGUUUUCUAGCGGAAUGUUAGUAUUGUUAUAUACCAUAUUGGUCUCAGAAUUUGCUCCUACGUCUGGAUGAUGUGUGUGAAUUUCUUUGUUCACAUAUUCAUUUUCUAAUGGCUCAUCCUGUUUCAUUUCUACAGUAUUAUUUACAGGCGACUCUUCUGGAGAUUUUGGUUUAUUUAAUUGUGUCUCUUUCGUUUCAAUAUUCUUUGUUUGUUCAAACGGGUAAUCACCAAUUACUUGGAGAAUUUUUAUUUGAUCUCCUACAUAUUGAUAUAUGAAAGGGGGGUCUGUAUGGGAUAAGUAUAUUGGAGAGGGAACAUUGACUAAAGGGGGCAUAUUCGUAUAUUCUAAACAAUCGUCGUCCUGUAGCUCCUCGAUGAUUACUUCACUUUCCUUUAAAUAAAAAGUUCUUAAGUCUAAAUCAAACAUAAGAUAAAAUAAACUAAAUGUUAAGUAGUAAAUGCAAGAGCAGACUUAUAAAAGAUAUCUAGACUGGUACAUACAAACAUUGAUCAUAAGAGUGAGGGUGCGAAAUUCACUAAACAUGCAAUAGUCUUCAAGAGAGAAAAAGCAUGAAAUGUGAAAAAGGUCUAAGAAAAUUCGAAACAUCAAUUUUGUUCCUAUCUAUUUAUAAUUUCUAUUACAUUGAGCUUUUAAUAUAUCUUUAAAAUUAAUGACAAUAUUACGAAUUAAUAUUCAACUUUAAGCACAUUUAAAAUUUAAUUUAUCUUAGCAUUUAUAUAUAAUCCAAUUUCCAUUGUAUUUGUAAACAACUUUUUAGAAGCACCAUUCCAACCCUGUUUUAGUGCAGAACCGUCCUUCAGGUUUUGUAUCAAACGUAAGUAUUACCGUAUCCUAUAAAUUUUGAAACCUGAUAAGACGUUUCUACAGUAUAACUCACCCUCUAAAAUUUAUAUAUAGAUAGGUUAAUUACAUCAAUUUUAAUAAUAAUGAUAAUACGAUAGGUUUAAUUUUUCAAUGUAAUACAGAGAACAAAUUAUUACAAUAAAAAUUGUGAUGUUUAAGUUGUGAAAAUAUCUUGGUUUUACAAUGAUUUUGAUGGCAAUAUGAACGCAGUACAUUAGCGAGAUAUUGUAAUUAAAAUAUAUUAUGAAAAAGAGGAACUGGUGUGAUUGAAAAGGAAAUUUAACAACUAUAAUUAAAAUUUAGAAGACAUUGAGCAGGCCCUUAAAUAAGUAUGUGGCCGUCAAUGAAAUAGUAGUGUUGCAGAAUUAUCGUCAGUUGACUUACAAAAUAUCAAAAAAACGUGUGGCACUCGGAGACUGCCGCGGUAAAGCUAUUGCAUAGCAUUUUUUAUCAACUUAUGCAAUUAUAAUUAUUUAUUUGUAGAACGUUAGUCCCGUGGCAAAAAUUUAAUACACUGCGCCGUUUAGUUUGAUAUCAGGAUGGCGAAAAUUGUGUUCUAUUGGUAUAUGCACGCUCGUAAGGUUUUUUCGUUACAGAUUUUUUUGAUUCGGUCCCCGCGCUCAAAGCCGAUAAAAGCUAUACAAUAGCUUAAUAAUUUAAUUAAACUCUACAAUAUUUUUAACCAGUGUAUGACUAUUGCAAUAUGUUCUGACCUGUUCCGUGGUUCUGACGAUACUCAACCAACAAUACUAUGAUAUACACCAAAUAUAAAAUGUAAAAUAGUAACAGAUGUAAUAUAGUCUUCCCAUUUUAAUAGUUCUUUGCCUCUCGCACACGGAGGUGGUUCGGUAUAAUCCUAAAAAGUUUAUAUAUUAUACUUGCAUUACAAUUAUAUUACAUCUGUUCCUAACUUUCCUCUUGCAAUUUAUAAAUACACCUUAAUUUUUUAUUAGUUUUGAAGCCAAUACAAUAAUAAACAUUUCUUCAACAAUAAGGUCGCCUUGUUCUAUUACAUGAUUUUUUCUUAUAAUCACAAAUCAAUUUUCUUCGCCGAGUUGACAAAAAUGACUUCAAAACCGACAAAAAAAAAUAACCCUUAACUCAUUCUGCGAUCCCAUUCAUUUCAUAGUCGAGAAGGAGGUCGGCUUAUUUCAAAUUAACACAUUUUCUUUUGCUUUGAAGGUUACCGCGGAAUGAGUAGUUCGACAGUUUGAUGGUGAUGAUAUAAAGCAGACUCCCGGUAAUCAGACUUGCCUUUUACAUGUAAAUCUUCAGAUUUUGAUAUAGAACUUGUCGAAUAAUAAGGCAGAGGGCGAUUCAACCUAAACGGUAGUUGUGAUAUUAUUAGCGAGCGUAAAUAAACAACUCGUGGAUACAUAAAUUACUAAGCCGCGAAUUGGGCUAACUUUAUAACCACUACUAAUUUUGCAUCAUGCUACGGCCAUUGUCGCGCUAUUGCGAACAUUUUCCGUUUUCACGACAAGUCGAGCCAAGCAGAGACUACUGCUUGUAUUAUUAGAUGCGUUCUGAAAAUGGCAAAUGUUCGCGAUGGAGCAAUAGUGAGGCCGUAGCAUCAUGCAAAUAUCUAUUUGUUUAUGAAAGUUCCGAAGUAGACAUGCUACUCAAAUGCACCAAUACACAUCAAUCCGCCGUAUGUGGUAAUUCUAUAGACAUAUUUAAUGGACUGAGAGUGGACUUGGCGUUGGCUAUCCAGCAGAAUACCAGAUCCGUAGUGUCUCGUCAUCGUCAAAGUUUGAGUGGAAAAUGCUUCUUUAUUUUACGUCGGAAAGGGUCGCUUUUUUCAUAGAAACUGACUUUGGCAAUACGAUUACGGAGCUGUCAAAAUUCGUGCUUGGGCAUCUGACCUCGACGGUCGUAGUGCGCGCGGUCCACAAUGCGCGCUCGAGUAACUUUGUGACCCAUACUUCGUUUUUGUAUUACUUAAGUCUUAUCUCUCUUUAGAGAGUUGUCAUUUUCAUGCGAGUGUCGCUCAGUCCAUUUCCUACGUCUAGGGUACUUUACAAUAAAUAUGGGUUACUUACUCAACACCGGCUCAUAGCGCCAUCGCCCAUUUACUGCACGGAUGCAAUUUAUUAAUGAAUAAAAUGAAAAUGUUGAGAUUUCAAUACAAAGACACUAUCUCAGCUAAAUUGCAGCAAAAUACGAUGGUCCUAAAGCUGCGCACAAGCACGCACUAUGUCUGCCUAUGGGAGAUGCAGGGGGUCUGUAUUUUUUUAUUAAGAAGUAGGUUCGACAAAUGACCACCCCACCUGAUGUUAAGUGAUGGUGAUGUCCUUACGUGAAGAUAGCUGGUACAACAGUUCUACCUGCCACACCAACCAUCCUCACUUAGCCGGAACGCAUGUUGCUUCUUCACGCCUCUAUUAAAGGAUCCCAGGUUUGAUGCGACACCGCCUAGCGAAACGUCUGUCGGAUUACCGGGGGUCUGUAUGAUAGGGAAGCCGCGAGUCAACUGUGAUCCAGGUUGUAGUAUGAAGAAACAUUGUCAGUAGGAAGGUUACCAGACCUCGGCGGGCGGCGGUCGCUUGACGGCGGUGAUUGUCGUAGUCCGCGUGGUUCGUACGCGAGCUCGUGCCGCUGCUCCCAGCGACGCGGUGCGCGUCAACGACGCUGAGUUGUCCGCGCUCGAGUAGCCGGAGCUUAUGUCCUCCGUAGACUUUAUAUGGCUG